GUACAGACGCGCAGCCGGACCUUAAAUACCUCUGAUCGGCUGUACCGGGGACAUUUGACAGCUGAGAGCACCAGGUUUUUUCUUUCACCCUGAUCCCUGAUGGAGCUCCUGCAGCAAUCCCUGCACCACCACUACCACUACCACCGGGUCUGAAGCUCCGGUCCGCCCGGUCUCCUCCCGUUAUUCGCUGCCCGGUUCCGUGCUCUGUGAGCGGGCCGCCGUCUCCUCCGUGACUCUCUGUUCUCAUGCGAUUCUUCAGACUCACAUUCAAGUGUUUCGUGGAUUGUUUUUGAAGGUCGCGGCCAGAUUCUUGGUUCAAUUCUCUUAAUUUUUUUGGGGUAAUAUUUUUUUUAUUUUUCACUAGAAUCGUGUCUCUUUUUCUGCAUUGGAGAAAAGAUAUGUCUCCAGAUUAUUACUAGAUAUUAUUCGAUUUAUUUUUAUUUAAUUUUCAUUCGAUUUUAAAAACAGAUUCUGGAGCAUGAUCCACGAUCCGCCUGCACCUCGCUGAGAUUGAUAAUAAUAUUGUAUUAUUACUGGAGAAGAAGCGAGAAUAGAGAUCCUGCAGCGGGACGAGCUGCACCUGCUGGACUGACUCAUCUGUUUCUGACCGGGCUCUGAGGCUCUAAGGCUGCACAAAUAAACAGGUUAGAGACUGAAAAUACCAGAGCGACCAGUGCAGACUGAGGGGUUUGUUACUGGCAUCUGACUGUGAGGAAGAGACAGAUCCUGAAAGGAGAAGAGAAAUCAGCUUUUUAAAGGUACAAAGAACUGAAAUAAACUGUGCAAAAAAAGUGCGGACUGCUCCUUUAGCUGGUUGUGAGGGAAGGGAGUGAGGAUAACAGAUUUAAAGUGUUAAAACCUGCAGAAUUAAAGGGAAGCAAAGAGAGAUUUUCGACUUCAUCUGACUUUGUUUCGAUCUGGUUAUUGGGGUGAGUCCAAGUGGGAAAAGACCAGAUUCUGAAGGAAAGACUUGCAAGAAUUAAAGGGACUGAAUUUACCAGCAACCAGUGCAGACUGCGGGGUUUGUUAUUGGUAUCUGACUGUGAGAAAGAGACUGGUUUUAGUCCUGAAAGAAGAAGAGGAAACACCUUUUGAAAGGGUACAAAGAAACUGAAAUAACUGUGCAAAGAGUGCAGACUGCUCCUUUAAUUUACUGACAAAAAGACAGAAUUUAAGGGAAGCAAAGAGAGAUUUUUGAAAACAUCUGACUUUUUUAGUUUCUGGUUAUUUGGGUGAGUCUAAGUGGGAAACCACCAGAUUUUGGGGCUCAGAAACAGGAAUUAAAGGGAACUUGACCCGGGUUUUUCAACCCUUUUACCAACUUUUUUUUUUAAGUAAACGGUUUCCUGACUGGACUUUUGAGCGAUGGAGAAGUCGGCCUCCUCCUGCUCUCUGGUUCUCCUGGAGGAAACCAAGAAGACCCCCCUCUUACAUCCAAACGGUGCCUGUGGUUACCCCCCAGCGGCCUCUAACGGUAGCCUGGUCCCGUUAACGGGGGCGGGGUCCGGUGCUGGAGCAUGUGCCGGGCCGGAGAAGAAAGCGCCCCCUGCUGUGGUGCCUUAUCAAGAGAGAGAAACAUGGACCCGGCAGAUGGACUUCAUGAUGUCCUGCGUGGGAUUCGCUGUCGGACUGGGGAACGUGUGGAGGUUCCCGUACCUGUGCUACAAGAACGGAGGAGGCGUCUUCCUGAUCCCCUACAUGCUGAUCGUGUUUGUCGGAGGAAUCCCGGUCUUCUUCCUGGAGAUCGCUCUGGGACAGUUCAUGAAAGCUGGCAGUAUCAACGUCUGGAACAUCGCUCCACUCUUUAAAGGUCUGGGUUAUGCCUCCAUGGUGAUAGUGUUUUUCAGCAACACCUACUACAUCAUGGUGUUGGCCUGGGCCUUCUACUACCUGAUCAAGUCCUUUAACUCCACCCUCCCUUGGUCCACCUGCGACAACGAAUGGAACACGCCCAACUGCAUCGAGAUCUUCCGCCACCAGGACUGCAUCAACGGCUCGCUGGCCAACGAUACUAUCAACGGAAACAUGACCUGCGCCGAACUCGCCAACGCACGGUCGCCCAUCAUCGAAUUCUGGGAGUGAACCAGGUGUUG